AUGUAUUUUCCAAAGAGUAUAAUAAUCAUAGCUUUCCUGGGCAUUGUUCUUGGUGAGAAGAAUGAUGAUGUUGACAUAUCUAGUGCAUUUGUCGAAGUUGCCAAUUCGUUUUUCUCUGAUGAAUCACCGGGACCAAAUAGGUUUAUGAAUGAAAAUAAUAAUCAGGGCUUAGCAGGAUUCGGUCAAAUUUUAACCGGCCUGGGGAACUUGAUGGCAGGUUCAUCAGGAAAUCAAAACAGCAAAAAUCAAGGAGGUUUUGAUUUAUCAAUGCUCGGUCCAGUUUUACAGAUGGUUGCUUCUUCGGCCGGUAAUAGUAAUAAUAAUCAACAGGCGAGAAAAACGGGGUCUGAUAGUGAAGAAGGAAAUGGAUUUGAUUUCGAAGGGAUGUUGAACAUGGCCAGUAUGUUUAUAGGUUCACGUGAAAACGGAAAUGCUGAAGGUAUUAUGGGAUUGCUUCCGAUGAUAUUGGAAAACUUGAACACUGGUGAAUCAUCUAACGAUCAUCAGAAAAAACAUGAUCACUCUGCUCAUUCAUGGUACAUGCCACCAAUUCUUGAAAAUGCACAUAUUCUAUGGGAUCAUUUCAGAAAUUCUGAACUUGGACAAACACUGUGGAAAAAUAGUGGGUUAGCUCACAUUGUUGGUUCUAUGAGUGAUUCGGAAGGUCACAUAAUGUAUGAACGGAUUCUGGAAAGUUUUGAAAAUCCAAGUGCUCGUCGGCGGUGGAUAAGAUCUCUAACAAACUUUGUGGCUGAAUGGUUUUCACAUAUAUCUGAUCCUGAUAUUCAAAGUCGUUACCUGACAACUGCUCAAUUCGUAGUCAAUAGUUUCUUGAAAUCCCAAGGAUUUCCCAAGUCAGCAGUGUUCGACCCAGCAAGGCCUUCUGAGAGUCUUACUAGAAUGAUAAAUGCCGGAGCGAAAAGAUAUCUAAACAUGAAUAUAGAUAGUGCUAAGUAUAUAAGACCUGCGGUGGCGUAUGUUCAAGAUUUGAUAAAGCUAGCUUCUGAAAAAGGAUUUAUCAUGUCCAGGGUAAAUGCUCAUGAACUCAGCAAUCGUCUCAGUGACACUAUUAAUAAUGAUAUUGUAGCUCCAAUUCUUAAGACUUACCGAGCGUACAAAUGGGCACUAAAAUCACCAAAAUGCGCAACGCACAUUUUAUGCGUUAUCAAUCAAAAGCCCUCAGAUGACAAUAAUAAAUCUGUCCUCCGAGAGACUAUUAUAAAACUUAGCAGUUUUCCAGCUGCGUGGGCAAUUAGUACGAAAACAAACGUUAGCUUCUGGACACUUUAUGGCGCUAUUAGAGAAAAUGAUCAAUGUUUCGAAAAGUAUCCAGCUGACUGUAAUGAUUUCCAUGAAGAAGAAAUCCGAGUUACUACAGAAGCGAUCCAUAGCGAAUUAUAA